AUGGUAGGUUACUGCCUGAGCUCCUUGUUCCUGUGCGUGCAGAGUACAAAAACCUUGACGCUGCGUGGCUCUACCGUUGAGAUAUUGAAUAAUACGUUUGAGAUUGUGGAACAACAUCCAUCUCCUUUCAACAGAUUGGAGUCCUUGAUUUUGUACACCAAUCAAAUACCCGACAAAGUCGUCAAUUACUUCUCUGAAGGAUCUUCAUGUGAGGUGUGUUUGAAGUUGGUUGAUGGUUAG